AUGAAGUGUCGGCGGAGCCUUUGCGCCAAUAAGUGGCGGCCGGUCACGAUACCCUGCCCCGGAUUAUUUGGGGACCCUGUUAUGCACGUCGGCUGUCAGGAGACUCCUGCUCCGAGGUCGCGGUUUUGCAACGAAUGCCGAAACCAUUGUGCUGGUGGGGGGCCGUCAGAAGCACCCAAUUCGACACGUGGUCCAUUGCCACCUCUUCGCGUCACUCGGGCAACUUCGAGCUCCUUGGUUGUCGAAGGUGAUGCAGACGCUUCAACGGAAGGAGCAGAAUCAGAUUCCGAAUAUGCUCCGCUUCAAAAGGGAGAGUUCCUAGUUAACGCGCUGCUCGAUGUUCGGGUGAACCCGGAGUUACAAAAACGAGAGUUCCGGAUCCGCUGGGGCGGCAAGUGGAACCAUUCAAAGCACGAUACCUGGGAGCCCGAGAGCAACAUUCGUCCCUCGCUAGUGGAAGACUUCUUCUCGGAGAGACAAGCGUUGCAUCCAAAGAAACCCGGUGUAGCUUCGGUGAACCUCGACGAUCUGCAAGCCAUCGAAGGCUCCCUGGCAUAUACGGAUGGAGACAAGGUUUCACGUGCGUCUGGAAGCGCCCAAUCGUGCAACACUUUGAAGGAUGAGCACCAAAGCGCGCCUGGGGCACGGGAGCGGAGCGCCGGCGUCUUUGCCAUCUGUUGGACGUGUGGAAUAGCCUUUGGCUUGACCGAGUUGUAUGGUUCAGAGGGGAACUCGCAAGUAUACGCCUUCCUGAUCAUAAUGUGGAGCAUCUUGGGGAACGUGCCAAGUCUUUUUGGAUAUGACGAUGGCUGCCAUCUAGCGCGCUAUAUUUUGAACAAAGUGCGCUUUAUCAAGGAGAAGAUGACAACCAUUCAGUGGCGCUUCGCCAACGAGUGCCGCGUGUUUGUCGACAAAUUUCACUUUCCCAAUCACGUGGGCGACUGGUGCCAGGACAUGAUGGAUCCGUACAAGCUGAGUGCGCUUGACGGAGUCGAUACCCAGGUGUGCGAGAAGUUGUUCUCGUGGAUGCGUAACUACAAGCAUGUAGUGCGGAACAUGAACAAGUCGAGGUUUACGUUCUUCCUACUACGAAUGCUUCAACUAAAAAACGAGAAACGGGAAGCCAAGCUCCUUCGUAAGGGUCUUCUCCACGUCAAGACGGGCGGGACCUGA